AUGGAUGAGAUCGUAAUACACCCGGAACUGCCCCCCAACGACAUUAUUCUGCUGAAGAACCUGGCCGACGAGUUCCGACAGCGGCUGCAGAAGCAGCAGCGCCACCACCAGAACCAGAACCAGGGUCCCGGCCCGCACCCAGACGAUGACGCCGAGCUCGCCACCGACGCCGAGCCCGCCGCGGGCGAGACCCGACAGCCCUCCGACGCCGAGGCGCCGAGCCAAGCCGCCGCCGCCGCAGGCGACGAUGACGGAUCAGCAGGAGCGGCUCCCGACGACUACGCGUGGACGGCGCGGGACGAGGAGGACCUGGCGCGGAUGAAGGCGCUCAACGACCCGGCGAGCCCCGAGUUCGAGCCGACCGUCUUCUCGUCGGUCGACCUGCGCGAUCUGUCGGCGCGCCUGCACCCCUUCGUCUACGACUACGUCUUGCUGCCGUACAUACACGACGUGAUCAUGGUGACGCACCUGAUCAUCUACUUCACGACCUCGGUCCCGAGCGCGCUCUGGCUGUUCUACCGCUUCACGGCGCUGCACGGGGUGCUGCACUUCGCCAUGCAGUUCUACUACAUGGGCACCUACACGCUCAUGAUGCACCAGCACAUCCACGGCGGCGGCGUCCUGCGCAAGAGCCCGCUGCUCAUCCGCUGCUUCGACCUCGCCUUCCCCUACCUGAUCGACCCCCUCAUGGGCCACUCGUGGAACAGCUACUACUACCACCACAUUAAGCUGCACCACGUAGAGGGCAACGGGCCGGACGACCUGUCGUCGACGCUGCGGUACCAGCGGGACUCGGUGUGGGAUUUCCUGCAGUACCUGGGGCGGUUCUACUUCCUGAUCUGGCUGGACCUGCCGCUGUACUUCCUGCGCAAGGGGCGGCUGGCGCUCGCGGCCAAGGCCGGCGGCUGGGAGCUGUCGUACUACGGCGUGCUCGCCGCGCUGCUGCGGCUGCGGCCCGGCGCCACCGUCUGCGCCCUCCUCCUCCCGCUCCUACUACUCCGCGUCGGCCUCAUGGUCGGCAACUGGGGCCAGCACGCCUUCGUCGACCCCGACGAGCCCGACUCCGACUACCGCUCCAGCAUCACCCUGAUCGACGUGCCCAGCAACCGGUACUGCUUCAACGACGGGUACCACACGUCGCACCACCUGAACCCGCGGCGGCACUGGCGGGACCACCCGACGCACCUGCUGGCGCGCAAGGGGACGUACGGGCGCGAGGGCGCGCUCGUGUUCGCGGGGAUCGACUACCUCGAGGUGACGGUGCGGCUGCUGCUGGGGCACUACGAGCGGCUAGCGGCGCGGCUGGUGCCGGUCGGCGCGCGCCAGCACGCGCUGACGCCCGCCCAGCGCGUCGACCUGCUGCGCCGCGCCGCGCGCCGCUUCUCCGAGGACGAGAUCCGCCGCAAGUUCCGGACCGCCGCCGCCGCCGCCGCCGCCGCCGCCCCGGCCGAGGUUGAGGACGCCGACAAGACGAAGUGA